UUAAUCAAAUCGUGCCCGGAGAAAGCUUCUAUAAGAUAUGCUCAAACUUGUAUAUUUUGGUGCUUCUGAUGCUGCGACAGUGUGAUGCUCUCGCACAUCGAUUGGUGGAACAGAGUAUCCCGGUCAAAGCCAUUAGCCACCAUCCCGACGUCUUCCUCCAUCUCGCAUAUCUCUGCAAUGGCAGGGAAUGCGUCAGUGAUGCGGAGGCUCUACCUCUCUUUCUACAACUGGAUUGUCUUCAUCGGAUGGGUUCAGGUGUCGUGGUCCAUGAUAUUGGCAUUGUUGGAGAACGGAUAUGAGGCCGUCUAUGCUGCCGUAGAGCAGCAUCUGCUGUUCGCGCAGACUGCUGCCAUCAUGGAGAUUCUUCACUCCAUUGUAGGGUUGGUGAGGUCUCCAGUGUCUUCUACUAUUCCACAAAUCACUGGAAGGUUGUUCAUGAUCUGGGGCAUCUUGUGGAGCUUCCCUGAGACACACACUCAUAUUUUUGUUACCUCCUUGCUCAUAAGCUGGUGCAUCACUGAGGUUACCAGAUAUUGUUUCUAUGGCAUGAAGGAGUCAUUUGGAUUUACACCUUCCUGGCUCUUAUGGCUUAGGUACAGCACCUUCAUAGUAUGCCUUCCUGUUGGUACGGUUAGUGAGGUUGGCCUAAUCUACAUUGUUCUUCCUUUCAUGAAGGCAUCUGGGAAAUACUGCCUUAGGAUGCCCAACAAAUGGAAUUUCUCCUUCAACUACUUCUAUGCCUCUAUCUUUUUCAUGGUUUUGUAUGCCCCAGUAUAUCCACGCUUGUUUCGCUACUUGAUCGCCCAGCGGAAGAAGGCCUUGGCAAAAGCAAAAACCACAUAACUAUACUCAAGAGCUAUCUACUCUGAUUUCUGCUCGCGGCUACAGCUCAGGUUGCUACCGUUUCUUGAGCAAAUAAGUAAAAGUGUAUUAGAAUGGAAAUGCCGAAAUACAGACUAUCUUUUCCCUUGGUAAAUAAAAAUGUACACGAGUACCAUUUUCAUGAUUUGCUAAUGGUGUGUCCUACCAAAGAUCGGCUUUUCCUUCUGUAAAUAAAAUUGUACUCCAUAUCUGUGCCCAAAAAUGAUGUGUAGAUUUUCUGCUUUUUAAGGAUGAAGAAGGUAACUAUCACCAUUUGAUU